CACAAUUGAUUCUCGUUUCAAAGAUACAUAAACAGAUUGUACCAUUAUCAUUUGUUUAUAUCAUUAUCCUUAGAAAGCCACGAACAGAGUUCAUAUUUGGCGUUAUUAAUUAGCAACCGCUUUAAUAUAGUCACCGAAGUAAUAGUGCUAUUCCAUAAUUAAAAAAAUGAUUACGUCAGGAAUCACUCUUGGAAAAGAUGUCCCCAAAGAUAUCCAUGACGUCCGAAUGAAGAAGACCCGUUACGCCGUUUUUACCAUUGACGACAGUGGAAAGGAAAUCGUGACCACUAAGGUAGGAUCCCGUGAUGCUACUUAUGACAAGUUUAUUGAAGAAAUCAGUAUAAACGAUCCUUGCUAUAUAGUAUUUGACUUCGAAUACGUUGAUGGGUCCUCAAUCAGCAAGCUACUCUUGAUCCUGUGGAUUCCCGACAUUGCGAAGCCACGUACCAAGAUGCUCUACAGCUCCAGCUUUGAUGCGUUUGCUAGCGUAUCCGAGGGGUACAUGCGGGUUCCAGUGAAUGAAGCCGCUGGGCUUGAAAAUUCUGAGAUUAUAAAGUAUAUUAAAGCUCACACGUCUCUGAAAUACUAGUUGAUUACCUAUAUAAAGCAAAUAUAAAUAUUUUUUGUGCAUGUGUCUUAUUGACAUUAAAAUGAAGAGAAAAAACUUAAUGAAUAAAAAUAAGAAAACUAGGAUUCAUAACUAUUAUAUAUCAAAGGAUUAAAGUAAAGGCGAAAAAUAUAUGUUUCUUGUAUGUCCUUCCCAAAUACCCCUCCCUUUCCAAAUAAUUGUAUAUACAGAAAAUUGAACUAUAUAGCGAUCUAUAUAUAUAUAAUUAUAGAAUUAUAUAUUCUCGGUCGCGGUAUUAAAAAAAUGCACAAAGUAAAUUUUAAUAUAUACUAAAAGUCAGAAUCAGACACAUAAAUUUAAAUUAGUUACUUAUUAGGCAUUGAAUGUGUGCGAAAAAGAUAGAUCCCAAAGAGGGAAAACAGUGGAAGUUGCUAUUGUAAGUCCUUGAUAAAGUGGUGAAAAAUGUAGUAUGUGACAAGAAUGUAUAUGAAGAUGGAGCUAUCGCAUUUUUUUUUUAAUUGCUAUUAUUAUAUUUAAAAAAAAAAUUAUAGCCAAACUGAAGAGUUCUUCUUAACGCGGCUGAGUUGUAGUAUCAGUUUGAAGGUGUUUAGUGAAAAUAAAAACUAGGGUAUUAGGUGGGAUUUAGGGGAUAUACUAUA